AUGCCCUGCCUUCUGACAUUUCAGUCUAAUAAAUUCAGAGGAAAUGAUGACUUGUCUGUGCUGUUAAACUAUUUUUUUUCCUUUGCUGAACCUGUACAACUAGAAUGUUGGCAUGCUUGUUCGCUAACGGCACAUUUAGUUAGUCGAACCUUCAGACUUGUUCACAGAGAAAUGGCUUUGCUCCUGCUUUACUUUUUUCUUGUCUUUGGGGCGCUAUAUUCCUGUAAUGCUCAGACGACAUACAGAAAUACCAGUCCUUCAGCUGAAACGGUAACGAAUGCAACAGCUGAAACAACUGUUACAAAUGUCAACGCAACAGCUAACACAACUGUUACGAAUACUAAUGCACCAGCUGAAACAACUGUUAGAAAUGCCACUGCCACUACAACAGCAGAAACAACAGUCACAACUGCCAACGCAACAGUUGGUCCAGGCUGCUCAGAUCCACCAAUACUGUGCUGUGCGGGUCAGAAUAAUGGCUGUUUUAGGAAGACAUGUUACUGUGAUCAGGCCUGUGUGAACUUUAGGGACUGCUGCUCUGACUUUAACUCGACCUGCAUGAACUAUUUCCAAUCUAUGACACUUCACCUAAAAGUCUCUCUGUUAACCCAAGGUAGCAAUAACAAUAAUGGGACUCGUCAGGCUUUGCUUACUUAUUUAUCCAACACCCUUCUUCAAUCAACCUGUAAAAAUUGCUCUCUGAGUAUCAAGCACAUUGUAUUCAACUAUAUGAAACCAAAGUGAUGCAGUUGACGGAGUGGGUGAAGAUGACAGAGUGGGUGGUGAAGCCAACAUUCUGGAGUUAAAAUUUUUGUCUUUUAUUGGUACCAAUCAUUAUUGUAAUUUUUUCGACAGAUUCUAAGCUCUUUUUUUCUCUACAACAACUGGUAAAGAAUAUUAUUGUUCUGUAAACCCAGAUAAACACAUUCUACAAUAAACUGUUGAAGGAAAAUG